UAAGUAUAUAUAAUAAAAACUAGAUGAAAAAUUGAAUAUUAAAUAAGCUUAAAUAUAAAAUGAAAACCUAUAGCAAAACCAAUUAUAAAAAAAAAAUAGUCCAAAAAAAGCAAGCCCUUAAAAAACAACUCCAAAAAAGCGCAAAAACGAUUAAUAAAACAUUAAUAUAGAUAAAUUUUUAAUAUAAAAAAAGUAAUUUAAGGCAAUUAAUCAACCUUUAUAAGAAAAAAUCAUAUAAAAAAUAUAAAAAAAUCCACCCGCAUAAAAAAACUAUAAACAAAAAACAUUAUUUUAACCAAAAGAAGAAACAUAAACUCAAUAAAAAUCUAAAAUUACAUAAUAUUAAGAUAUCCAUAUAAAAAGUACUCAUGAUGAUACAACAUAAUAAAAUAGUGAAGAAAUUAAACAGAAUGAGUAUUUAAAUGAUAAUUAAUAUGAUAUUUUUAUCUAAAAUAUAUAAAACUUAUAAAAUUUUAUAGAAGUUCUUAAAGAAAGUUGUUUAAAAAACAUUAAAAAAGAUAAUGAUUAGAUAACAGAAUCUUUAAUAAUGAAGUAAAUAUAAUUUUGCCUAUAUAAAUUCAUAACAUAAUCACCACAUAAUUAAUGGAAUAAUAUUUAUUGUCCUUAAAGGGUUUCUUAAUUAUUAUAUAAUUAAUAUGGUCAACUAAUAUAAUUAUGGAUU